AUGGUGGACGUGCUGGAUAAUUCUGGGGGAAGAGGGACCUGGUUUCCGCUCCAGAAAGACCUACCUUCCAAUCGUGGUCAUCUCUCAGACCAGUUCUCUUCCCUCAAUUCGUCCCAGCUUGCACUCCGUGAACCUUUCGCACAAUACCCUUCAGUUCCUGUUGCCAGUUCUUUUCCUGUUUUUGGCCCUCGAUCAAAAUACGAUACUUUGCAAGCACACACCUCUGACUCCUAUAGUGUGAGAAAAUUACCAUCACUACAACGCAAGAACGAAAAGCCUCAAAAGCUCUCCCCAAUGGCAUACACCCCUCUUUCCAAUGGCUUCCAUUCCUUCCCUGAGGCUUUGAGCUUCACGUCAGAGAAGGCCAACCUCUCAAAAAGCACGGCUUCUUCACGAUAUUCCAUCCUACCGGGCCCAGCUGAACAGUCGACUAUCUUUGACAAUGGAGGUUCUAACGCUGAAGUUGAUUUCAAAGACAUCGACAGCAUCAAAGGUCUCAGUGCAUCAGAGACUAAUGUAGGCUUUGCACACACUCUCCCAGCACCAGACAUGGGAUGGAUCAGUCCGGGCCAAUCCCUCGUCGCAAAAAGUGCCGAUACCCCAUUAUCGAUGGCUUCGUUUGGAAUGGGCACACCAAACGACGAUUUGCCCAUGAAUCACACUUUCCCAUACCACUCUGUAAAUGUGCCAGGGCAUGCAAUUGGAGGAAUGAUAUCUCAGCAGCCCCAGACAAUGCCGCUUCGCAACGAUGAGCCAUGGGCGCCCAUUCAAAACGACGUCGAUCUAUGGCGCCCGUGGAGCUCUGAAGAUCCGGCAUGGGGCAGCAGCAUGUUGGAGGGUUGUUACAACAACUGGUCGGGCUAUGAAGGUCUCAUCAAUCCAGUAAUGGGCGCAGGGUCUGCGCAGCCCUACACUCAUUUCCCCACAAUUCCAGCCCUGUCGACCUCCAAAGGCACGCAAGCCUCAUCCACCUGCAGCACCGAUGUGCCUGAUCAAAAGAUCCCAAUCUCACCACCCGCCGAUCUUGAUGCAGCUAUUUCCCCAAGAGGUGAUGAAUACCAAGGGUCUAAAUACCCAGUUUACUCAGCACAAUAUUCAGAAUCAGCAAAAUCAGCACCAACGUCGUUGUCAUUCAUAGGCAACACGUCUUUCCAUGAUGAGGUCCAGCAACAAGGUUGGACAGUCGACCACAACACUCCAAACUCAAGCUUCACAAGCCACAUCUCCAGUCCAGAUUCCUUGGUCAAGUCGACCAGUCGCCAUAUCGGCGACGCCCGCAAUACUUUCCUGGUCGAUUGCAAGCGGCGUGGCUUAUCUUACAAGGAAAUAAAACGUAUCGGCGGCUUCACAGAAGCGGAGUCAACCCUCCGCGGCCGAUAUAGGACUUUAACCAAGUCCAAGGACCAACGAGUGAGAAAGCCAAAGUGGUCAGACAAAGACGUAAGUACAGUACUUAGUACUGACUAUCCUCUCCUUCCCGCGGACACACCCCUACCCACAAGCACAAAAAGCGUCGAGCUAUAUACAGAAAAGCCUGCGAGCCCCCAUCUCGCCGCCAUAUCAACAAUGGGCACCAGCCCAUCCACGAGAACAACCCCGGCCUCUGUAUCGCCACUAGUGACCUCGGCGCGAAUUCAGCAGAUGCAAUCUCAUGCAUACCAAGCCCCAAAAAUACCAUGGAAACAAGUAUCGGAGCAUAUAUGGGUGAAUGGGGGUUCCUACCAGUUCGGAAAUGCAACUUGCAAGAAGAAGUGGUGUGAGAUUCAUGGGAUUCAAUAG